ACAGCAGCAGUUGAAAUAAGUGCGAAAGCUAAAGUAAAGUCAAAACCAGUGCAAUACCAAGCGACUGGCCGAUCGGAGCUGUCCGCCGUCAGGUUUACCAGCAAAUAAAGGAAAAUAAACCACUUCAAGAUGCAGAUCAAGGCAGCGCUGAUGCAGACGCUGCUGUUACUUCUGAUGCUUUCGCCUUCGGCGCUGCAAGCGGCAGUGGUGCCCCUCGAGCUGGACGAGACGAGCAAUGCCAUCGGAAUGGAUACAAAGGAGAUUGGCUAUCUGGAGCUGCAGUCGAAUGGCACUUUGAUCUUGGAGCAUCCACAGAAUCAGAGUGGCGGCGAUAUACAGAAUUUUCUGCUAUUACGCAGCGUGUUGCAAGCACUGAAGCUGCACUCAAACCAGGAGCACGCGAAGCUCAACAUCAAGAUGUACGGCGAUGGUGUGGAGCACAAGUUUCCGCCGCUGCUGGAGAGGAUAAUACAACGCAUACAAACCUUUUUCUCCAUCUAUCGCCAUACGGACACGAGUCAUCCCGUGCGCAAAGAUGAGGUAACCACUGUGGCGCCUCAAAUUGUGGCAAGUACGGUGAAGGCAAUAAAGCCACAGACAAAACCAACAAAACCAACGACAACGACAAAAAGAACUACAACAACAACAACAACCACAAUCCUGCCACGAAAAGAUGUUUGGAUAACUGUGGGCGAGGACGAGUGAUUGACAUACAUACAGAAAUAUAUUUAUAUAUACACAUACAUAUACAUCUAAGAGUUAUUAUAUUUAUUUAUUUUUGUAUUUAUAUAUUCUGUCAAUAAACCACUCAGCUCCACGACUAUCGUUGUAACUGUAACGUGAGAGAGGCGCCCACACUUUGCCCAUAGCUCAUGGCUGGGCACGUCUCUAAGCGCACUUAGUAUGCGUCGCGCAAGCAGCAUGGAGCGCGAUUUAUGCUUAGCUCUGUGUAUGUGUAGGUGUGUGUAUGUGAGUUUGUAAUAUGUGCGAUAUUUUUAUGUUCAGUGGGAAUUACGGGUACGCGUUUAGCCCAUCUUGGCCAGUUGCACAAUUAUAGACGAUAUACAUA